GUCCUUGAGGUAUGACAAGGUGUGAAGUGGAAAUCAUGGCGGGUGCGAGGUGAGCUUAGAGUAUAUAAGGAACGCAGCUUGCCACUGAAGAGCACAACAGUCACGCAGCAGCAAAUACCAGCAGUACCAUGAAGGUGGCCUUCCUGCUUCUCCUGGGGAUAUGCGUGGCCUGGGCUGGUGGCCCGCAGCGACGCGACGUCCCCAGUUUCCAGAAACCACACCCUGAUCCACGGCCUCCGUCUUUCCAGAAGCCACAUGUUGACCCAACGCCUCCGCCUUUCCAGAGGCCACAUGUUGACCCAACGCCGCCGCCUUUCCAGAGGCCACAUGUUGACCCAACGCCUCCGUUUCCCCAUAACCCGCAACCUUAUCGCGGCCGCCGCGAUGUUCACAUGCGUCCUGCGGCGGGCCCCGACACGGGUGCCGUCUAGACGCUGCUUGGCCUCCCGCCAGAGGAUCGCACAGGAAAGCUGCCUCUCAGGUACACACUGACACGACCCGGCCUCCCCACGAGUCAACAGAUACCCUCAAUGCCUCUCCACAGUCACGUCGCUACCCAUCGCGAACCCCAGAACACUCAGAGGGUAAAGAAACACUGAGAUUUUUUUUUUAGAUUUAAAUUUUAGAUUUGCAUUAUGUAUUUUACACACGUACUUUACCAUGUAUUUUACAGUAUUUUAAUCUAUCAAUGAACUAAAAAAAAUAACAUGUUUCUGUUAACAAAUGUUUUGUUUCCAACAGUUAAAUAAACUGUGCCAAA